AUGCUUUUGCUCGGCCCCACCAUGUCCACAGACCAGCCCUUGUGGAUUGUGGAUGCCUCAAUUGAGGAGGAGCCUGUAACAACAACAACAACCCCAACUCCUGCAGCACCAUCACCAACAGAGACAAAUAUCCUCAGGGCCUCUCACACUCUUCUGGACAACAUGGUCACCAAUGGCAGCAGAAAUGCUGAAAAAAUAAACCCUGCUGCAUCAGCAAAAGCCUGUGACCCAUGCUCCUCAGGCACUCCCUGGUGGAUCAUCACUAUUGGGGUUUUCAUUGGCAUUCUUGCCCUGGCAAUGUUGUUCUGCCUGGUCAUGUUUCUGAGGAGGAAGAUGCGUGAGAGGCAAUGUGCCAGGGAUGUGAUGCAGGAUGAGAGCAGCAGUGAGGAUUGCUGCCAUGAGAGGACACAGCAGACAUCUUGUUCUUGCUCUGGUAAUAAAGGAAAAGACCAUAAGAAGAAGUGUGAUGAUGACACUGCCUCUGAUGUGUCAGUGAGCCUCAAGAACUGUCCUGCCUUUUUCCAUGGAAACAAGAGUCCGCGUGGAAGUUUUCCAAAACAGGGAGAGCCAAGGACUUUUGGACCACCAAACACCAGGAGGUGCAUGAUGUCAACCAAGGAAUUUUCCAGGAUUGUGCAACCUUUGCAGAGGGAUGAGGUCAUCUUCUCAAGACCUGAGAUAAGCUUGCCACCCAGAGGAUACUUGGGUGGAUAUCCAAAGUUCUGGCCUUGAAUCAAAACUUCUUUCCACAUUUUCUUUUUUUAUUCUCUUCUUUUGCUUGAAUGAACUGCUUCUGACUUCUGAGUGAUACUGCAUUACAUGGGAAAUUGUAUUUC